AUGGCAACACUGGUCAUCGGGGGCCUGCUGUGGCCUCUUCUUGGAGGCGGGGUCGAGCAGGAGGAAGUCCACAAUUGUUGGUCUCCCUUCAGUGAAGUUAUCUAUGACAUCCCAACAGCCAGUAUUAGUGUUACAAUUACCCCCACCAUGCUCAUUGCUUGUAAGGUAUUCACAGACUCUGUGUCUAUGCACUUGAAUAUUUCUAAGUUCAAUGAGACGAUCAUUGCCUCCGUAAGUGCUUUCAAUUAUUCCAUGGACCAGACAAUCACCUUUGCAUGUCCACAGACCGACGAUGUCGUCCUAAAGCGCUGCAUGGAGGCAUUCUUCACAUCUGAGUAUGCAUCACUCUGCAUUCAAACCGUUCGCUACAGAGCCAACGUCAACUUUGCAUCCAUAUCAGGUAACAGAGAGCAUCUAACAAAGUGCUUCUCAGAGACACAAUCCUUAGCCACAUUUGACUACACAACGGGAUCGGGGAAUCUCAAGCUCGUUGAGACAGGCCUCUGUGAUAAUCCAGCUAAACCAGAAGUAGUGUCUGGCACACUGGCUGUGAAAAAUGCUGCCGGAAACUUCAUUCUAACGACCUCCUUCAAUAUAAAGCAGCCACCUAUUCAGCCCGCAGAUCUAACCUUCCCGUUGACGACCAUUUCAUCUGAUCAGCUCACCACGCUCCUCUUGGCAGUUAAAGAUCCCUGGGUAAGCGUUCAACUAAACUACACCAUUAAGGUAGGUACAGCGAAGGAUAAAACAGUGGAAAUUCCCUUAUCAAUGGAGCUUCUUAGUCUUUAUAGCUCAGCCAAGGCUUCCUGUACUAGGUCUAUCGCGGCAUCAAUCUACGGAGAUAGAAUACGUAUGCUUGUUGAGGGAGCAAACAACCCUAGCAACCAAGAUUGCCAAGUGUUGGCCAACGGGCAACGUGCCUUCAAUUGCCAUCUGUUCUAUACUAAUGCCGGUUUAAAAGCCACAAUGGAGGGCAUCUCACUUUCUGCAUUCAACUUCUCAGAUACUCAAACGAUAGACUUUCAAUGUGCCAAUGGAGAUCUGACGUGCAAGUUGCUUCUUUCCAAUGCAUUUAGGCUAACCAAUUUGGACUCUAUGAUCCUAAUUCUGGAAAUAGUAGAGACAGGAAGUAACGGGGAUCUUUCGUUCUAUUACAAGCAGCAGGUGACCAAUAAACAGCUGGGCUGCUGGCAGGACGCAUACCUUUCCUUUUCUAGCACAGACAUCUGUGUCCACUUUUCCUCCGCUACAUCUGACACGUGCCCCAUCAGCUUGAAGUAUAGCCUACUAUACACAUUGAGUCUGUCCCUACCCGACCUAGGCACAUUCACCCAGAACCACUACUUCUCUUUGGCAAAUUACUCUGUGUGCUGGACCUGUAAUGACUAUGCCACAGUGCAGGUGGAGGGGAUUCUAUCCUGUAAGUCCGCAGUGAAAUCAUUUACUUCUUCAUACAAACAAUCAGAGCGGAAUAGGAAUAUAGGUGCUGUUAGACACUUCACAGAAGCACUUUUCACUGCCACAUACCCCAUGUCAGGGAUCUCCGUCACGAUGCCGAUCAAACGGCUUGUUUUCUCGGACACAUCAAUGGUUUACGUCACUGUAUUUAUAAUCAUUGCUGUUUUUGUUCUGCUUGCUAUUGUCCACCUCGGUUUCGGUUUGAAAAGGAUCAGGGUAGAAAACUUGAAGCUGCGAAGAGCAAAGAAAAUGCAUGCACAGAAGACUUGA